GGUUGUUGCAUUGGGUAACACAUCACAUCAACAUAGCGCAAUGGAAGAUUCUGGAGCGAUUCUCUCUCACAUUUCAUCUCUCAAGGAAAUGCUCGAUCAGGUCAAUGAAGAAAUUGAGGCUCAUAUUCAGAUCACACGCGAGAUCGAAAACAGUAUCGUCAAAUGCGAAGAGAUGGAGAGCCAUUUUGAGAUAAAGGAAGCUGAAUUGAUCAGAACCAGUGGCGUUUUGCAGUUCGAAACUGUUGGAUAUGUAACUGUCGCCGCUGAUUUCAGGGCAUCAGUGAAUACUUUGGAGAAAGAGAUAUGCUGUCUAAAAAUCAAGCGGGAUGAAAUGGUUAAUAGAAUGGACGAAAAACGGGAAGAAUUUACAGCACACUGCCUAGAAUUUCAAAGAGAAAUUGACAAUAAAGAAAAUUGUAAAGUGAGGACUUUGUUGUCCGAGAAAUAUUCACUUGAAAAUGAAAUUCAACUUUUGGAUGAGAAGAAUUCUGUUUUGAAAAAUUCAGUAUUGGCAUUUGUAGAGGAAAUUCUUGAAGAUCUUCAUAAUUCAAACUCAGCAUUAGAAGUUGAGAUCCAGAGCAAGAAGUGGGAGAAUGAGAUAUUACUUAAAGAUAUCAAUGAACUAAAGAUUACACUGUUUUCAGCAAUUGGGACCAGUGAUAAUCUACUGUAAAUUCCUUUCUUUAAACAAAUUCCUUUCCAAAUUUGGUCAUUAAUUAAGAUUGAAAGUUAUUUGAAAAUGAUGCUAGAAAAAACCAAGCAGUGAUCAGUGUGUUGUAGUUCUCAUGUUCUGGUAAAGUUGUAAGAUUGACAAAAAAUGAAAGAGAGGUAGUCCUUUUGGUUGAUGACUAAUUAGCAUAGUUGUAAAUAUUUAGCAUAGUUAUAAAUAUCAUAUCAUGUGUCAUAUUCAUCCCUGUGAAAUUAAAUUUGACCAGUUCCGUAGUACAUGAAGAAUCGUGACUAGCUAGUAAAUGUUGGUUUCACAAAGUCCCAGGUGCAAGCCAAAGGAAAG